AUGAAGAUACAAACAUUUUCACCGAUUAUUUUUAUGGUAUAUGUUGCGGGUAAAUAUGAAAAUUUUUCAACAACAACACCAAAACUUUCAUUAAUUAGUAGAUUAAUAGAAUUAAAGGAACACUUUAGAAAAUCAUCAUCAUCAAAAAAAACUCUCGCCAGUGAUAAGAGUAAUAAAGAUUUAACGAAAGAAAAAAUAAAUCCAUACAUGGUAGAAUCACCAUAUUUGGACACGUUUCAAAGACCACAAAAAUUGGAAUCGGAUUUCUCACCAUUCACCAAGAAAUUAUUAUUAAAAUUAGCAUCAAUAUUUGGAUAUGAUUCAAUACCAAUACAUGCUAUGAGAGUAACAAGAGAAUUAUAUCAAAUGUGUGCAAAACAAAUGGAUGAUAAUCGAGAAUUUUAUAUUGAAAAAUGUGAUUUACCUGAUAGUUUUCAAACUUGGUUCCAGAUCACUUUACUUCAUGUUUGGAUAUUGAUGGUUAGAUGUAGAUCAGAAGUUGGAGGAAGAGUCUACAUUCAACAAUUAGUAAAUCAUUUUUUCGAUGAUUCCGAUUGGAGAAUAAGAAAUAUACAUGAUUUAUUAUCACAAUUUAAAGGCGCGAUUAUGUCAUAUGAUGAAGGAAUGUGUAAAGAUGAUCCUGUAUUAGCAGCGGCUUUAUGGAGGUAA